UUUCAAAAGGUCGAGAUGAUUCCAGACACAUUCACUUCAGCGGAGCAUUAUCUAGGCUCUUUCAUCUAUCCUUUAUUGGAAGAAACACGUGCUCAGCUUGCAGAAUCUAUGGAAGUAAUGGGCAAAGCGCCGUAUGCUGAAGUGAUUGCCCUUGGUGAGGUUAAGAAACAUGGGGAAACUCUAUUUAAUGUUAAUGUGGACUCUUGGAAGAAUAGAGUGCGUGAUGACGGAGAGCCAUACAAAACCUUGCCAGGAGACAUGGUUUUAAUCUCAGAUAAUAGGCCAAUGGAGGUUUCUGAUUUAAAUCGAGCUGGGUGGAACUGGACACUUGCUUCAGUAGUUAGUAUCAUGGAUGAUGAGGAGGAUGAUACCAAUAUCUCCACAAAUUUCAAAGUGAAAAUGCCGAUUGAUCUCACUGCCAAUCUUGAAAAAUUUGAAGGAUUCCACAUUGUGUUCUUACAAAACAUUACAACGCAUAAAAGGAUUUGGAAUGCGUUGCGAAUGAGGAAAAACAUGGAGGUUAUUGACAUGGUUUUGUACACAAAUGGUGAGGCUGAGAACAAACAUUGUCUCUGCUCUCCGCAUGCUGAUAAUAUUGGUUCCACUGAAAGAGUCGGAACUAGCAUGUUCUCCAAACUGAAUGAAUCACAAGGUAAUGCAGUAUUAACUUGCCUUGAAAGGGUGAAAUGUGACCAAAUAUCGCAUGUUGAUCUCAUAUGGGGUCCUCCUGGUACUGGAAAGACAAGUACUAUUAGUAUAUUGCUUUUUAUGCUCUUGAAAAAGAACUGUAGAACACUUAUUUGUGCACCUACAAAUGUGGCAAUAACACAAGUCGCCUCUCGUGUGGUUAAGUUGGUAUACGAGUCUUUUAAAGAUGAACCUUUGAAGGAAAAUUUGUUAUGUCCAGUGGGGGAUGUGCUCCUAUUUGGAAACAACGAUAGAUUGAAGCUGGAUGUAGGCACUGAGGAUAUGUAUCUAGACUAUCGUGUUGACAAGCUUUAUGAGUGUUUGGGGUUGAAAGGUUGGAGACACUGCAUUCUUUCAACAAUUCAUUUUCUUGAGGAUUGUGUUUCUGAUUAUAAAAUCUAUGUGGAAAAUGAAUUGAUAAAAAUGAGAGAGUUGAGGGAUAAAGGUGAAACUUUGGAAGAAAGUCCACAACCUAAAACCUUUGCCGAGUUUAUUAAAUCGUGCUUUGAGGGUACAGUAUCUCCCCUCAGAAGGUGCAUGCUUAUACUGUGUACUCAUUUACCCAGGCAUUUCAUUCAAGAAAGAAAUUUCCAAGAUAUCAUUUCCCUGAUAUGCCUACUGGAUUCUCUAAAUGGAAUGUUAUUUCAGGUGGAUAUGGGAUCUGAAGAAUUGAACAGUGUUUUUUCACAACCAGUAAUCUCUGAUGUUUCCCCUGAGUCAUUUGCAGAUACAUCUUCCUUGGCAUGCUUGAGAAGCCAGUGCGUCUCUAUUCUGAAAACUCUUCUACAUUCUUUGGGACGACUUGGUCUUCCACGUUCAUCAAAUAAAUACUUGAUAAGGGUUUUGUGUUUAAAGACAUCGACCUUGGUUUUCUGCACUACUUCUAGUUCGUAUAAGAUACACUCAAUCGAGAUGGAGCCGUUCAACGUACUGGUCAUUGAUGAAGCUGCCCAGUUGAGGGAAUGUGAAUCAGUAAUUCCACUUCAUCUUCCUGGUCUGAAGCACGCAAUUCUUGUAGGCGAUGAAUGCCAAUUACCGGCAAUCGUUCACAGCAAAGUGUCUGAUGAAGCUGGUUUUGGAAGAAGCUUGUUUGAAAGGUUAAGUUCAUUGGGUCAUUCAAAACUCAUGCUUAAUGUGCAAUACCGUAUGCAUCCAGCAAUCAGUUAUUUCCCAAAUGUGAGUUUCUAUCAUGGUCAAGUCCAAGAUGCUGCAAAUGUGAGAGGCAAAACCUAUGAGAGAAAGUAUCUUCGGGGAAGAAUGUAUGGCCCAUAUUCUUUUAUCAGUAUCCCCUGUGGAAAAGAAGAAUUGGAUGAUAUUGGGCAUAGCAGAAGAAAUAUGGUUGAGGUGGCUUUAGUAAAUAAGAUAGUGAAGGACUUGUACAAAUUUUGGCUUAGCACAGGAAAGAAGCUUAGCAUUGGAGUUAUAUCUCCAUAUACUGCUCAAGUUGUCACCAUAAAAGAUACUAUUGGCAGAAAGUAUGACAACCUUAACGGGUUUGCAAUUAAGGUGAAGUCUAUUGAUGGGUUCCAGGGUGGAGAAGAAGAUAUCAUAAUCAUAUCAACUGUGAGAUUUAAUAGUAGUGGCAACAUUGGUUUUAUGAAAAGUUUGCAAAGAACUAAUGUUGCUCUGACCAGGGCACGGCACUGUUUGUGGAUCUUGGGAAAUGAAAGGACACUAUUUGAUAGCAAUUCAGUUUGGAAAAGUUUAGUUCUUGAUGCAAAGGAGCGCCAGUGUCUCUUCUCUGCUGAUGAAGACAGUGGUCUGUCGAAAACUAUUUUUGAUGUCAUGAAAGAACUGGAUCAACUUGAUGAUUUGCUCAAUGCAAAUAGUAUCGUAUUCAAAAGUCAAAGAUGGAAGGUUCUUUUAAGUGACAAUUUCAAAAGAUCAUUUAAAAACUUGGUGACAUCUCGCAUGAAAAAGGCAGUGCUUAAUCUUUUAAUUAAGCUUGCUGGUGGAUGGAGACCUAAGAGAAAAGGCGUGGACUUGGUGGGUGAAACUUCAUCACAGAUUGUGAAGCAGUUUAAGGUUGAAGGGUACUAUGUAGUCUGCACCACUGACAUUCAGAAGGAGGCGAAAUACACACAAGUGUUGAGGGCCUGGGAUUUAUUGUCUCUUGAUGAGGUUGGAAAAUUAUUGAGACGUCUUGAUGGCAUAUUUGCUAUGUAUACUGAUGAUUUUAUCAAUUUGUGCAAGCAGAGGUGCCUAGAUGGGGACUUGGAAGUUCCAAAAGCUUGGCCAGCUUCUUGUGAUCUUGUAAGGUUCAAGAAUCUUGGUGAAAGAUUGGCAGACAGCUCAAAUGACUGUGUGGUGGAUGGUAGAAGUUACAUUGAAAAUUCAUGGGUGAAUGAAAGCUUACUGUUGAUGAAGUUUUACUCCUUAUCAUCUGGCGUUGUCCAUCAUUUGCUCUCUGACAACCAAGGUGAAGAAAUUGAUAUCCCUUUUGAAGUUACUGAUGAGGAGAAGGAGAUAAUCCAAUUUGGAAGGAGCAGUUUCAUAUUGGGUCGAUCAGGCACCGGGAAAACUACUGUUUUGACCAUGAAAUUAUUUCAAAGGGAGCAACAGCAUCAGCUUGCCUUGGGUGGAGUCAUGAAAGUUGAGGCAAAUGAGAUAAGUGAGUAUGCAGGAGAAAGUAGCUUUUAUAGAUCUGAGAGUACAUUGAAGAGUCAAUCCGAAGUUGAUACUAAGAGGACUACCUUAAGGCAGCUUUUUGUCACAGUUAGUCCAAAGCUAUGCUAUGCCGUCAAACAACAUGUUUCUCAUCUGAAACGCUUUGCUCAGGGAGGUAAAAUCUCUGCUGGGAACAGUGUGAUGGAUUUGGAUGAUUUGGAUGGAUUUUCACAUUUUAAAGACAUUCCAAAUUCUUUUGUUGACAUUCCGGAUAGUAAGUAUCCUCUGGUAAUAACAUUUCAUAAGUUUUUGAUGAUGCUUGAUGGCACACUGGGGUCUUCAUACUUUGACCGUUUCCUGGAUACAAGCAACCUUUCUCUGGACAGUAUGUCAAGAGCAGCCACUGUAGAAAGUUUCAUAAGAACGAAAGGGGUUAGUUUUGACCACUUCUGUUGCUUGUAUUGGCCUCAUUUCAAUUCCCAAUUGACAAAGAAUCUUGAUCCUUCUAGAGUGUUUACUGAGAUAAUUUCACAUAUAAAAGGAGGCUUGCAAGUGUGUGAGACAGAUGGUGCAAAACUCACCCAUGAGGGAUAUAUUUCAAUGUCUGAGAACAGAACAUCCACUUUGAAUGAGAAGAAGAGAGAGGUAAUUUAUGACAUCUUUCUUGGUUAUGAAAAAAUGAAGAUGGAGCGGGGUGAAUUUGAUUUAGCUGAUUUAGUGAAUGAUCUUCAUCUUCGAUUAAAGAGUGAAAACUUGAAUGGUGACAAAAUGGAUUUUGUAUAUAUUGAUGAAGUUCAAGACCUUACAAUGAGGCAGAUUUCACUGUUCAAGUAUAUUUGCAAAAAUGUCAAUGAAGGCUUUGUAUUUUCUGGUGACACCGCCCAAACAAUUGCCAGAGGGAUAGAUUUUAGGUUUGAAGAUGUGCGGACUUUAUUCUAUGAGGAGUUUAUCAUGAAAUUAAAGGGUGAUGGACCUCCGGCACGAAAAGAUAAAGGUCAUCUUGCUGGGGUCUCUUGUUUGCUACAGAACUUCCGUACUCAUGCUGGUGUUCUAAGGCUUGCUCAGAGUGUAAUAGAUAUUCUUUGUCAUUAUUUCCCUCAAUCUAUUGAUGCUUUGGCACCAGAGACCAGUCUUAUAUAUGGUGAAGCUCCUGUAUUACUUAAGCCUGGCAGUGAUGAAAAUGCUAUUGUAACUAUCUUUGGUAACAGUGGGAGUAUUAGUGGGAAAAUGGUGGGUUUUGGCGCUGAGCAAGUCAUAUUGGUGCGUGACGAGUCAGCUAAGAAGGAAGUUUCUGACUUGGUUGGAAAACAAGCACUUAUUUUAACAAUAGUUGAGUGCAAAGGCUUAGAGUUCCAGGACGUACUGCUUUACAACUUCUUUGGUUCUUCACCACUUAGAAAUCAAUGGAGAGUAGUAUAUGAAUUUAUGAAACAGCGAGAAAUGCUUGACUCGAAAUUUCAUCAAUGCUUCCCAUGUUUUUGUGAAGCAAGGCAUACCAUUUUGUGUUCUGAAUUAAAGCAGCUCUAUGUGGCUAUUACUCGGACAAGGCAAAGGUUAUGGAUCUGUGAAAGUAUAGAGGAGUUUUCAAAACCUAUGUUUGAUUAUUGGAUGAAAAUGUGCCUUGUGGAGGUAAGGGAGGUUGAUAACUCACUUGCACAGGCUAUGAAACUGGCAAGCACUCCUGAGCAGUGGAGAUCACGGGGAAUUAAGCUCUUUUGGGAGAAAAACUAUGAAAUGGCUAUAAUGUGUUUUGAAAGGGCAGGAGAGAAAAACUGGGAGAAAAGAACUAAAGCUACCAGUCUCAGGGAAGCUGCUGAUCGUAUGCGGGAUUCAAAUCCGAAUGUCUCCUGUACCAACUUGAGGGAAGCUGCUGAAAUAUUUGAGUCUAUUGGAAGGUCUGAAUCUGCAGCUGAAUGUUUUUGUGACCUGAAGGAGUAUGAACUUGCAGGAACGAUUUAUCUGAAGAAGUGUGGUGAAGGUGAACAUAAAAAAGCUGCAGUGUGUUUUACAUUGGCUGGACGUUAUGAGACUGCCGCAGACAUAUAUGCAAAGCACAAUUGUUUCUCCGAGUGUUUGUCAGUUUGCAGCAAGGGACACCUUUAUGAUAUGGGAUUGCAAUAUGUAGAAUACUGGAAACAACAUGUUCAGGAAAGAGGGAAAGAAAUAGAUGGAAUUGAACAGGAAUUUCUUGAAAGCUGUGCAUCUGAUUUCUUUGAUCACAAUGAUAGGAAAUCAAUGAUGAAGUUUGUUAAAGCUUUUAAGUCGUUGGACCAUAAGCGUAAGUUCUUGAAGCCUCUGGAUUGUCUGGACGAAUUGUUAUUGUUAGAGGAAGAGUCUGGGAAUUUUGCUGAAGCUGCAGAACUUGCAAAGCUGAAAGGAGAUCUCCUAAGAGAGGCAGAUCUUCUAGGUAAAGCUGGAAAUUUCAGCAAGGCAUCCUCACGCAUCCUUUGGUAUGUGCUUGCCAACUCUUUGUGGGUGCGUGGAUGCUGGGCAGCCUGGCCCCUGAAGUCAUUUGAAUCUAAGGAUGAACUCUUGAAGAAGGCCAUUUCAUUUGCAAGUAAUGAAUCCGAUGCCUUCUAUAAAUCUGUUUGUACCGAGGCAAAGGUCUUAUCACAUGAUCCAAGUAGUUUGUGUGAAUUGAGACGUGCUUUAAGUGCUUUGCAGAAAUGUGGGAGUCUCAAAGGUGAAAUUUUGUGUCUAAGAAAAAUUAUUGAUGCUCACACUCAAAUUAAUGCCACAAAGUACUCAUGGGAAGACAAGUUUCCUUUUGACCUGAAGUACCCUGAUGACACCAUGUUCUGUGACCAACUCUCUGUUGGAACCCUGUGUCAUUUUUGGAAUCUGUGGAAAAGAAAUAUCUUAGACGUUCUUGAGUCCCUUAACUGUCUUGAGGUACAGGAUUUUGGUAUAUAUAAGGGCUACGGGGAGUUCUGCCUGAAUUAUUUUGGUGUGCGGCGACAGUUUACUGAUAUGAAAGUGAGCUAUCUUCUAUUAAAUCCUGAUGCUGAAUGGGUUAAAAAGGUCAAUCAAAGUUUCUUGAGGCAGAGCAAAAAUAUGGUCUCAAUUGAUGUUAGACAUUUCAUAAUUGCUGCACGGAAUUACUGGCAGAAUGAAGUUCUUGCUGUUGGCCUUAAGGUUCUGGAAACCCUUGAAUCUCUGUAUAACUUUUCCUUGAGGUCUUCGUCUCUGUUCAGCCAAAGCAUGUGCCUGGUAAAUAUAUACAUCAUUGCCAAGGAUCUGCACUGCAAGAAUUAUGAGGCCAAACUGCGAAAGUUCUUCCAACUUUCAAUGCAGUACUUCGAAAAAGUUUUUCCUCUUGAUUACCAGAAGCCUUUGGAGGAAAACAUGAUUUCUUUAAGAGGAACACAGGCCUCCCGACAGUUACUUGAAGAAUUUAUUGUUAAUGACCUUAGUAGAAAAGGUGACCUUACACUUGGGCAGAUUGGAAGGUUGAUGAUGAUAUGGCUUGGGUCUGCUGAACCUGCAGAUGAACUCUGCAAUAAAAUUUUUGAAAGAACCCGAGAAGAUUCGAAUUGGAGAGCUUUCAUUGACAUACUGAGGAGUGUUAGAGUGCCUUUAAAUGAAACAACAUCAGCUGGUUCUCAAGAGGCUUCACCUGUAGAUCCAUGUGAAGCAGGUUUUCUUUUGGUUUCUAGAUUCCAUGAAUCUUUGAAAGAAACUUAUCAAAUCAAUUGGCAGAACAUUUGUGACUACAUAUCUCCUCACUGCUUCUUAUAUCUGGUUGAACGUUUCCUGAUCUUGGCAUUUUGCUCGCGUGGUUUCUUUUACACAACAAAAUCUUCUUUUCUUGAGUGGCUGAUUUUUCAGAAACCAGGUGUCAGUGUGAUAGCCGGAUUUCCAACAGGAUUGCCGUUUAGUGAAAUCUUCUGUACGACCAUCACUUCCAUGGUGGAUUGGCUCCUCUUCCACAAAAUCGAGACAGCUCGUUGGAUUGAGAAGUCUAAAAUUCAAUUCAGAAACUAUCACAAGUUGCUGAUUUCGAGGUUGGUUGUCAUUCUUUGCUCGCUGUGCAUGAACACGUCCUCUGGGGAACCUUGGGAUGCUCUCACUCGUGCUUUGAAGACUCAUUAUAUUUCUUUUGAGCUACCGAGAGAAUUCAAUGCAGUGUUCAUCAGACGUGUAGGGAAGCACAAUGCAUUUGUGGAUAGAGUAAAAGUUGCUGAAGCUCUCAGAGUCCUAGGAAAUCCUGCUUUGUUCGUGAACUUGAAAGAAAAUACUCCUACGACCUCUGUGUGUCCCAACACUUUUUAUUUAGGCAUAGGCCCAAAUUCUUCCAAAGAGGACAUCAUGGAAAUGAUGUUCCCAAAUAAAAGCGUUACUUCUGUAGCGCAGAAAUCCGUGAAGAACCCGUGUUGUGUGCUUCCCCUGAUUGCAGACCAUGCCAGGAAGACUUCAUUGUUGCCAUCUCCAGGCCAUGCUUCCACGCAAAAUCAGGCCCAGAAAGAUGAAGAAGUGAAAAGCACUCUCUUGCAAAUGAAAUGGCACGUUUUGGAGGAAGAAUCAGUUUCCACAAGGACUGGAGAGACUGAAAAUGAAGGGAAGGCGAGAAUCUUGGCAACUACUAGCUUUAAAUCAUCAGAGGACUUGAAUGAAUGUAUACAAUUCAUGACUUCCGUUGUUAAUUACAUGUCUGGGAAGGAAACUCAAUCUGGGGAAGAUGCAGAUAUGUUAAAGGAAGCUGAAAGCAUGCUUCAAGAACUGAAACAACUGUUGGACAAGUUGGAUACAAGUUGUGUGGACGAGGAGGAAAAGCGAGCAGACGUGGUGAAAUUGCAGAAGAGCUUGCAGUCGAGGAAGCCUAGAUUGGUAGCUUUCUUGAACAACAUCGUUGUGGGGAAGGAUGGUGGUGAGGUUACGUUUGUGGAUUCAGAACGUGACGGGGCUGCAAACCAAGGAUCGGCUGAGGUUGUCGACGAGGAUGCCGGUAAUGUGGUGGCUACGCCGUCGGAGAGUGGCGGCGUGAAGAAUCAGGGUGAGCGUAAUAAAGCCAAGGCGAAGAACAAGUCUAAGAAUCGCAAAGGAAAAGGUGGCCGUAGGAGGUGAUGCAUGCAUACUUGCGUGGAAACCAUUUUAAUUCCCUUGUAAAAGUGAACAUUUUAAUUUCUCCUUGUCUAUUAACUUCUAAUUUGCUUGUCUUAACUAAGUUUAUCAUGUGAUCACUGGGCAUUUCGUUCACUACUACUUAACCAACUCCUAACUAAGUUGGAGUUAGAAUUUAUUUGGUCUCCUA